AUGCGCACCGACGAUGGUGGCGGUCGCCGGGAGGAGGUAGAGGCCGGUGCCAAUCUGCUGCCUCUGGCGCCGGAGACGCCCGCCCCGGCUGGCUUCCUCGGGUACGCCGUACGGCUGUUGCAGCUGCGGCCUGGGCACGAGUCGCUACGGUGGACGGUGUUGUUGGCGGUCUUCAAGGACUUGGCGGUGUUCAAGACUUCCGAGCAGGCGGAGGUUGUGCGUGCUCGUAUGGCAAACCAGCGGCGCUUCUACUGCGCGCUCGAUCGCCCUCGGGGCCAAGGCCACCCGUCUCCUGCGGUCUUACGGGUGUUGCCGCAUAUCAGUCACUGGGGUUUUCAACAAGCACCUGUUCGCGUCGGCGGAGGUGGUGGUGGCAGAGGGGGGGAACAUGCGGUGGGUUCCACUUCCUUUGGGGAGGAGGACGUUGAUGCCGCCGUAGCAAGGCAGGAGAAGAUCGCUUGUCUGGCCAGAAGCUCGUUGGAGGCCCUCAAGUGUGGCAGGCAUAUGUUAUGAGAAAAUAAUGCGGAUUGACCUUUAUUUUGUGUCGAAGAAAAAGCUUGGAGGUUGACGUUGGCGCUGCAUGUGGUUUUGGGUGGGGUGUUCUGACCUUGCUUAAGCAUUCUUUUCUGAAAAUAAUGAAAUAGUGUCGCCACACGCGGAUCGGGGCGAAUCGCUGGCGUCCACAGUCUGUAGUGAGGGGGGGGGGGUCACGAACACCUUGUCAGUGUUUGGGUGACCGCCCGAGCCGGCGCGACGGUGUUUUAGCUUGAGUACUCCUGCCACUCGCCGUUCUUCGGGCUUCAAUAGAGUGAGGAGCCCGACAUCGAACUACAGACCGAUUCCGACGCAUAUUUAGUCCCCGCUUCUCUUUGUGCGGGGACUUUCGUUUGUAUGUUUCUACGUUGUCAAGGACAGUGAUAAGUAGCGGGAUCAGAGGUUUGGGUGCAUGUGCCCGCACGCAGAGAGAAGAGC